UCUUCACAGAAGAAGGGAUAUGGAUGACCGUGAAGGUCGUUAUCCUUUACACGCUGCAUGUGCAAAGGGGGACGCUGCACUCGUUAAUGAUUUGAUUCAUGCGGGUCACCAAGUGAACGAGACCAAUUUCGACCUGGUCCAACCCCUACACGAGGCCUGUUUUCGGGGGAGUAUAGAGUGCGUUCAACAGCUUUUAAAUGCGGGAGCACAGGUUAAUGGACGCAACAUCGACGGAGCCACGCCCCUUAGUGACGCAUGUUCGUCCGGGAGCGUCGAGUGUGUAAAAAUGUUACUUACCAACGGAGCUGAUGUGAACCCGCAACUAUUGCUGUCAUCACCGCUUCAUGAGGCAGUCUUGCGAGACAAAUGGGAGUGUGCCAGUUUGCUGGUGGAUGCGGGUGCAAACCUCAACCACACCGACUGUCAUUUCGGAACUCCUCUACACGCGGCUGUGUUCAAAGGCAGCAUCAACUCAGCGAAGGUUUUGCUUAAAGCAGGCUGCAAUGUGAACUCCAUCAAGAUACUAAGUACCCCUCUCCACACCGCCGCACGCCAACAAGAUUACAACAUUGCCCUACUGUUGUUGAUGUUCGGAGCAGAUCCCACAAUGAAGGACAACUAUGACCGGCGGGCAAUCGACGUCGUCCCUAGCGCUACAUGCAGAGUAAAACAGUUAUUGGCUUUCUGGGAAAAUCAGCCAAGAGAACUAAAGUUUUUGUGUAGGCAAAUUGUUCGAAGGCAUGUUGGCGCGGGGCGAAUUCAAGACUUGCACAAACUACAGUUACCGUUAUCCUUAAUAGACUAUCUUCAAUAUUCACAUAUAAUAACUUGAACAUGGACAACAGCUUUAUGUACAAGCUAGUAUUCACUGUUAAUUAUUUGUUUUGAAAAAAGCGCUAUAAAGCCA